AGCUCAUCAAAAGGGUAGAAGGUAGCCUGCCCUGUCCUGCCCCCGCUGAUUCUCUCUCACUCUCUGCCUCCUGUGUCAGUCAUAUGCUUGUUGCUCUCCCAGUCAUUCACACUGCACUCGCAGCUCUUGGGUUUGCCACUACGAGUACGAGUACUACUAUCAGCCUCUCCCUCGCUCUCACUACUCUGCUGCGAACCAUCAAAGGAGACACAAGCGAAGCCCUACGCCUAUGCCUAUGCCUAUGCCUAUGCACCCAAUCCUCGACCUUCGUUUCUAAAACAGUACCAAGACGGCCCUUUUCUCACCUGAUUUUGGUUUCUCUGGCAGCCAUUGCUGGUCUGCCGGUUCCUGUACCUCCAGGAAAAGUAGCGGCUUGCUGGACUCUGCUGGCUUCUACUCGCUCUGCCAUCGUCGGCCCGCUACACAAAUAUUUGCAUUGCUGCAACCUGCCUAGGUCAUUGACCAGCUCGCCUACCAACCCUUCGGCGUCACAAUUAACAAAGAGUGACUUUGGUGUGGAUUGGCCUGGCCAAUUUCCGUCGACUCAGACUACCACUACCACCAAUACCUAACCCCAAGGUGCUAAGUCACCAAGUACUGGGACUGGACUGGGUACUAGGUACUUGUAUAGGUACCCGUCCCCCGCUGAGCCUAUCGCCCCUAAAAGCACCAGCACCAGCAAAUCUCAUUCACCUUCCAGCGGUUCCGGCGCGCCCCCACCAAAAUUAAUGACGGAGGUUUGAGCAAUUCCCCCGCGACUACUUAUUUUCGCGAGGCCCCUCCACCAACAAAGGCUCCUCCUCAAACUCGAUUCAUUGUGCAACGACCACCUCUGCACAAGGUGCACAGCUGCAGCCGCAGCACUCCUUCAUCAUGACGAGUCACUCCAUGGAGUCGCGCGUGGGAAGAGCGAAGCAGCGUGAGUGAUCCUUGGAACUGAUCCUGGAAACGAGACGGCGAUGGGAGAUCAAAAAGACAGGCUACUUGCCGGCUCAAAGAGCACCGCUGACCCUUCCGCGCUUUUAGGCUAUAACGAGACCGGAGAACGACUGGUUGCUGGAGUGGUUCCUCUCAAUGCCUCGAAAUCGCACGUCCUGUUAAUUCAAUCGACUCGACGAUCAGGCUGGGUCCUUCCAAAAGGCGGAUGGGAGUCGGAUGAGACUUGCGAGGAGGCAGCCAAGCGCGAGGCCUGGGAAGAAGCUGGAAUUUCGUGUGAAACUGUAAAUGACCUGGGCAAAAUCCCAGAAACCAGAACCCCAAAACAAAUGUCCAAAGACGCUCCGAAGGCGCUCUACCAAUUCUACGAAGUCAAGGUCACAGUCGAACACGCAGAUUGGCCCGAGAAACACAAGAGGGAUAGAUCCUGGGCAACUUAUACAGAAGCUCGUCAAGCCAUGGUAGGACGACCUGAACUUUUAACAGCACUCGAACGCUCGUCCAUUCAGCGGUAGUCUCGGGAGCCCGGCGUUCAGCCCCAUCCACAAAGCAAAGCGAUGCGCAGGUAGUCUCAACGAUAUAUCACCAAUUUCGAAAAACACAAGACCGACAGUGCAAGCCAUUUGGAUGAGAGUGGGAUUCCGGGUUCCUCAAAAAGAAGAAAAAAAAAGAAAACGCGGUGACUUGGCCAGUCUUGGAUUCUAGUUUCGUUGCAGGCAUGCUUAUGGGUUUCUGCCUGCACACAUUGUUGCUUGUUCAACUGCAUUAGAGACAAUCAAGCCGAUCUGCCGAUAUACUUCUGAAUGAAAUAUUGGCUUCAUUGUGGAUUCGAAAAGUAUCUCCACAAACCGGCAAAAGAAUUAUCCCCCCUUUAAUAGCUGCAUUUUCCCAGAAGCGAUUAAUUCUCCUACUGGCCAUCGAAAAACACAGGUCAUUUUUGCAAAUUGUAUCUGGGGACCCGGCGUUGUAUGGAAUUUCGGUUUACGCAUAUAAAGAAGCUUACAUUGGAUGAGAGUUUUCUUUUCUUUUUUUCCUUCUGUCUUCUUCUUAUUCCUUGGGACCCAAAGAGAGAGACUUUGGUGUAAAACGUACUGUCUCGUCCCAAUAAUAUUUUUUUCUUGAUACUGGAAUAGAGGGGUUAUUGUCAGGGUAUUGCAAAAGAAAGUAAAUGACAGAAUAACCCAUAUUGUAGAUUCGCCUGCAUGAAUACCUAGCCUCGUACCUAGAU